AUGGCAGAUGGCCAGGAAUGUACAGCAAUUAAAGCGGAACAAGAGCUGCAUCAGAGGAAAGUUGAAGCUGCUAGGCAGGGCAUGACACACGAUGCUGAAACUGCAAAAUCAGACACUGAUAUGUCAGUAAUUUCAUUUGAUUUAAUGAAAAGAUUGGCAACGCCAAUCAUUUCAACAGGAGUUGCGUACUAUAAAAGGCAACUUUGGACGUUUUGUUUGGGAUUCAUGAUCUCCAAACUGGCAAGCGACUACAAAGUUGACAUUAUUGACUACAAAUUUUUAGUAUCUGGUCAUUCUUAUCUUCCUAACGACCAGGACUUUGGUCUAAUUGAAAAAAACAAAAAACAUUAUAAAAAUAUUUAUGUUCCCAAUGAUUGGGUGCAAGUGGUUCUUGAAAUCAAGAAAAAAAAUCCGUUCAGAGUAGUAGUUAUGACAUCCAGCGACUUUUUCUCAACAAACGAACUAGAAAAAGCAUUAACCAAUCGUAAAAAAACUGCAGCUGAUGAAAAAGUUGAGUGGUUACGAAUACAGUGGCUGCGGUAUGAGAAAGAAAAACCCGGAAUUAUCCAAUAUAAGUAUUCCAAUAACGAAGUUGUUUUAUUUAACGAAGUUAAUGUAAAAAAACGGGGCAAGCAAACUUUUCAAGAAAUGGCAAAACUUCUUCCUUUAUUUGGGGGACCCAAGUCCAUAUCAGAAAAGAAAUACCAAGAUUUGUUAUCUUUGCUUGACUAUAUUCCACCAGUAAACCAUGAAUUUUAUCGGAAACUGGUUCACAAUGCACGUGUGGAAGAAGACUCGGAUGUUUUUGAUGAUAACAGGGAGGAAGAAAAUGAAUAA